AUGGAUCAUUCAAAUAACGUACCAAGUAACAAUGUUGAAGGGUUAGACUAUUGGAUUCCUUGUAUUGGUAUGGAGUUUGAUUCCAUAGAUGAUGCUUGGAACUUUUGGUUAGAGUAUGGUGGGAAAAUGGGUUUUAAUGUCCGCAAGCAUUAUAUGAACAAGAAUAAUGGUGAUGUGUCUUCAAGAAGAUUUUUAUGUGCAAACGAGGGUUAUCGUCGGCCAACUAAAGAAGGAAUAGUUUUACAUUCACGUAGUGAAACAAGAACAAGUUGUAAAGUUCGUCUUGGUAUUUCUUUAAUCAAGACAACUGUAAGAUACAUUGUGCAUGAUUUUGUAUCUGAACAUAAUCACACACUUCACUUGCCAGGAACUAGACACUUAUUGUCAUCUCAAAGAAAAAUAUCUGAGGUUCAAGCUUGCGAAAUUGAUCUUGCUGAUGACUCUGGAAUUAAGCCCAAAGUAGCACAUGAACUCCUUGGUGCACAUGUUGGGGGAUCAACAAAUCUCGGAUACACUCAUCUAGAUCACAAAAAUUACCUUCGAACUAAGCGCCAGAGGGAACUGGAGUAUGGAGAAGCUGGAAUUUUGUUAAAUUACUUUCAUUUGCAAACCAUAGACAAUCCUUCAUUUCAGUACUCAAUUCAAUUGGAUAGUGAAGAGAAAAUAACAAACAUAUUUCGGGCUGAUGCAAGAAUGCUUAUAGAUUAUGCUUUAUUUGGAGACGUUAUUGCUUUUGAUACUACAUUUGGAACAAAUAAAGAAAAUAGACCUCUUGGUGUGUUUGUUGGAUUUAACCAUUUUAGGGAAAUAGUUAUUCUUGGUGUUGCACUUUUAUAUGACGAAACCGCUGAUUCUUUUAAGUGGUUGUUUGAGACUUUUCUUUCGACACAUGAUAAUAAGCCUCCAAAGACCAUAUUUACUGAUCAAGACAUUGGCAUGGGUAAGGCUAUAAAAUUGGCGAUGCCGGAGACUUGGCGUGGGUUGUGUACUUGGCAUAUUAUGGAAAAUGCAGGUAGACACUUAAUGCAUGCAGGAUCAGAUGUGUUGAAAGACUUCAGGGCUUGUAUGUAUGAGCAUGAUGAAGAGACUACUUUUGUGAAAGCUUUUGAUGAUUUGCGUGAGAAAGUACAAGUAGAGAAACAUUCUUGGUUAAAUAGCAUUUAUGCAGUGAAGGAAAAAUGGGCAGAAUGUUAUAUGAAAAAUGUUUUUUCCCUCGGAAUGCGAAGUACACAAUUAUGUGAGAGUUUUAAUAGUGAUCUGAAAGAUUAUUUGAAGUGCAACAUGGAUAUUAUGCGUUUUUUCAAGCAUUUUGAGAGGGUUUUGAGACAAAAACGUCAAAAAGAGAUAAAUUCUGAGUUUGAUGCAAGAGAGAAAUUACCACGUAUUACAAUGCAAAGGACAUUGUUAUUGAGGCAGGCUAGAGAAGUAUACACUCCAAAAGUUUUUGAAGCAUUCCAAGAUGAGUAUGAAUGGUCCACUGCAGCUUAUAUCAAGCCACCUGUUGAAGGUCAACCAAGCAGUGAAUACAUAGUUGCCUUUUCUGACAUUGAGAAUCUAAACAUUGCUGAUAUGGAUUACAAAGUUUGUGGUGACCCUUCCACUGCAACCGUUUCUUGCAGCUGUAAUAUGUUUGCGAGGUUAGUCAUAUUAUGCUCACAUGCUAAAAAAGGUCCUUGA